AUGAGACCAUGUCAGAAGUCGCAUACCGUAUUUCUGCAGUUCUUUCACUGUGGAGUCAAGCAUGAAGAUCUGCGAAUUCUAAAUAAACUUGGAGUCUGCAUGUCUCCAGAUAUGAUUGUACAAUUCCAGAGGAAGAUGGGCGAGUGCUGUGAAUCAAAAGUAGGUCAUUGGAAGAGGGAGAUUGAAAAGGCGAAAGUUGCUAGCCUGUUGCUGAAUGAAGUUCGAGUAAAGCAGGUUGGCAAUCACAGGGACGAUAUGUGAUGCAUGUCAACAUCGACUUUUCAGAAGAAACCAUCAGGAAAUAUGAUUUCUUCGAGCUGGUUGCUUUCCAAUUCUGCCAGGAGCACAUUAACCGUUUCUCGGGUGAACAGGAUAUCAUCACAGGCCAGGAGUUUCACCGGCAAAAAAUGUCUGCGCAUGCUCUACUAAAAAUGACAUGUGAUCUAUUUCGCGCAAUGUCAUUGGCUCUGAGGCAAAAAUGCCUGUUGAGAUGAAAAAAAUAAUGGCUGUUUUUUUGACAGUGAUAGCGUUGUGGUUUUCUUGCCAUAGUAAGAGAUCAAAAAACAUUUUGGUGAAAGUUUUGAGUGGAAUGUUUUCACUAGAAAAUGUAGCGCCUUGGAAACGGCGGACAAACCCAGUGGUGGGUAUUUGUCAGAGAUAUUGGCUUUGUAAUCGCCGGCAUGGGUGCGAAAGGCAUGCCAAAAAGGUGGGUAAUUUUGACUUUCUAUGCUUACUGUUAGUUUCGUGCACAUCGGUACAACAGGAAAUUGUAAAAAAGUGAAAGAAAAAUUAUUGCGCUUUGUUAUGGUAUAUAAAUUAGCUUGUACCGAGGUGCACGGAAGCGACAGUUGUAUUAAACGUGUGGACUGCUUUUGUACCAAAUAUCGAUUUGCAUCUUUGAAAUUCAGGGACCCCCUGGAGGUCUACUUCAGUGUAUCCUCAAACAUUCGAAUUUUUAUUUAUUAAGCUUCGCUGGCAUUUUAUGCUCAGGUUAAAGUUUCUCACCCCACAGUCCAACACAAGAGAAAAUUGCAAGGUACAGCUGGUGGUGGGCCGUUUGAGCAACAGAAUAAUUAUUAUUAUAAUUAUAAAUAGGAAGACCGCUAAAUCUAAAUCAGCGCAUUUUCUCUUUAGAAGGUGUGUCAAAUGGGACACGAUUUUGAUCGAUCGAAAGUGAAAAAAAUAGUAUUUUCCCUAGAGACCGUACAUGCAUUAUGCGUGCACAAAGUUUGUUUUUUUAACUGAGAACAAAAACGGCCCUGUCAUGUUUGGCACCUUAUAUUACAAUUUAAACUAUUUCCUGAAUGUUUGCUGGAAGUUAUUCUGUGCUUGUACUUGGACAUCUUUUUUAAUCAGCCAUGGCAUUAAUGUUUUCAGGUGAACUGUUCCAUAAUAAUUUGCCCCUCUGUAUUUCACUGAGAAUUUUUUGGCUGUUAGUCUAUGUAUACGUGUAUGUUGUGCACAGUUAAUUUUGUAUCUCAGCAUAAAUAUUAUUUUUUCUUUUAUUUUUAGCAUACAUUGCCAUACACAAAAAGAACAGAAAAUUAUAAAUUAACUGCAAUAAAAAAUUGACUACAACAUUAGAAUAAAUUUUUAUAUUAGAUGCUGAUCAGGUAUAUUUGUGAUAAUUAUGUAAAGUCUUUUUUUGUGAAAUAAUCUUGCAAAAUAGCAGGUAAUGUUCCAAAGAAGGAUAAAAGUGUAAUGAGAUCUACAUGUAAUGAUUGAAUAAAAAUGUUUUGGCUUUUCAUAAACUGAGAAUUGUCUAAAAUAAAAAGGCAGAGCUGUCAUUAGGGGCCGUAACCCAGAACACCUGUUACAGCUGAGCUCACUUGAUGUUACAGGUGAUCAAAGUGGAAAGCUGAAGGUGGUAAUUUAAAUUUUUGGGACCUGUAUUGGGUGAAUCUUCAUUUGCUAUGGCUGUUUCAAAACGUAAUGACAGCCCUGAAAAGGGAUGGUUAUAUCUCUGUAGAGCAAUCCUUGGAGUUAUUAUUAUUUUUUUUUACACCAGCAUACUUGCCCUCUUUGGGUCACAGAAGAUUGCUAGCAUUGGGGGUUUACCUGUACUGUGUAUUUAUUAAUUGUGAUUGACUACUUUUAAGUUUUAUAAUAUGUAUAUGCAUAAUCAGUUCUUGUUUUGGCAAAAAAUGCUUUCCAAAAUAUGGGUUUUCUUAUUUACUAUGUCAGCUAGAGCCAAAAAUUGGCACAUCAUGCUUGUUAGUUUCAGCCGGUGAGAAAUUUGGUACAUCAAGUACAAACUUGUCCAGUUUUCAAUUCCAAACCUUUGUCAAAUUCAUGGUUGCAUGAUUGAUGCAUGCACAGCAAAACAUUUUGACAUCGUUUCAUUUUCUUCAACAAAAGACCAAUUUAUACAUAACUUAAAAAAAGGGUAAGAAAAUACAUGUAACUUAAAAAUAAUAUACAUUUCCUUUCUUUAAGUUCCAUCAUGAGGUCACAUAGUAUUACAUCUUUCUGAUUGUUGAGUGUUGGAUUUUCUUUUGUACAUGUAUCAAAAUCAUCCAUGAAUUGGCUCACAGGAGGAAAUGACUAUGAUCGAUAAGAGUGCAGUCAGACCCUUCAAAGUAUUAUUGUACACUGUAGCAUCCCAUCAACACUGUAGCCAGUUUCAAAUAGUAAGUUGUUCGUAAUUAAAUUUUUAUACCAUCGGGAAUAUUAAGAUAAAAAGAACUGCUGGUAAAUGAAAUUAUAAGCACCACUUUAUGGACAGCUCAUUAUUACAGACAGUUUUCUUUUCUUUUCAGAGAACCCAAACAGUGUAUUAGCUAAGAAAUAAUAAUUUAGAUGUACAUGUAGUAACACUGUAUUAGCUUAUAAGAUAGUUAUCUUGAGGUGUAACUGUCGCAUGCGACUCGCCUGACAAGCAAGCAUUUGACACUGGCAAUGUUAACGAUCUCUGAUUCAAAUCCCUUGUAAAACGAAUCAUAAAGAAACAGGAACACAGGUUCUUACAUCUUAUGUUAUUAGCUACUACAGCAUAAAUGCAUCUUAGAAUUAUUCCAUUGGCUAAUACAGCAUUUGAGUUCACUGUGUCCAGUCUUUGGGCCGUAGCAAAAGGGGACUGCUCUACAAUGUACACUGUAGCUGUAAGCAAAGUACCAAGCUUUUUGAGAAAAAUCAGCAUAAAACAACCAAAUCUGGCUAUUUAAUGCAAAAUCAGGUGAAAAAGUCAGCAAAAGGCGAUUUGUAGGUUUUUUGAUUAAGGGAUAGGUAGCAUGAUGGUUAUGGACCGCUUGCAUGUGUAUAUCCAACAGUGUUUAUUUACUGUGCAAUAUCAGGGCUGUCAAAAAGUUUUUAAGUAGCAGGCUCAUAAUAAAAUAAUAGUAGGCUGCUUUGGAACUUGCACCAAGGGAUUUUGUUAGAGUCUCAGUAAUGUCCCAGACCUUCCACGACAUUGCACCGUUCUAAUGUUUCACAGAUCUAAUUACUGUUUAAAUAUGCAUUCAAUGUGAUUCAAACCUGGAAAAAAGAUGCUUUGCAAUUUUAUUUGAUGGUACUUAUUUUUGGUUAGAUCCUGUGGUAGAAGGAGAUUAAAGUAGCCAGUGAAGGAUGGCUAACUAGCCAGUGGUUUUGGCUGGCUACCGGCCUUUGUUGACAGCCCUGCACCAUUCCCCAGAAACAGCAACUCUAAGAAUACUUUCCAAACUGCUUUGUUGAAAUAUAGUUUAAUACGGACUUAUUUUUGUAGUUUACAUAUGUAGCUAAUACAUCAGUACAGUAAGAGUGAUCAAAACGCUCAUAGUUAAAAUUACUGUCGUACAGUUUGUUUGAUAAUGUAAUGUAAAAAAUGUUUUAAACCAUCUUAUAAAUAUGUUUUCCUGUUACUGCUCGUGUGACCCACACCCUAGGAUUUAACAGGUAAUAAUUAUUUCUAGUACCGUGUCAUUACCAUGGUCUUAAACUAACUGAACCAAAAAAUACUUUCUCAAGGACAUUUAUAGCCUUAGGAAUUAAUUUGCAGUAAUUCAGUAUCUUUUCACUGAGAUUCUUAACUAGUAGAGAAAUUAUUUUGUCAUAACAUGGCUCAUUUAUAUACACAACUAAAACAUUGUUAUGCAUCCAUUCUCUGCUUCUCCAAAGUGUAUUGCACGUUACUGGCCUCCAAUGCAAAGAAAAAAAUAUAUGAAAAAGAAAAAAUGAAAACUUCAACUUUUAUGCUUGGACUCCCCUCUGCCUAAAACCUUGCUGUAAAUACAUUAUCAUUAUAAUAAUACAUUUUGUAAUUUUUCUAUUAUUAUUGAAUAGAAUACAACAAUUGUAGAACAUGUAACUACAGCUGUAUAGCGAUUAAACUAAAUGUACCACAUAGUACUGGUACAUUUUAAUUCUCUUCAAACUGUGAUAAGAGUGAGUGUGAAGUUUGUUUUUAACGUUAGGACAAAAAAUUAUAUAGGGCAAUACAUGUACAUUAUUAAUGACAUAACAAUAGCUUAGAGUGGUUUUUGCUGUUAUAACAAAUUGUAAAAUCUUUACCAAUUUUCUUUUAACUUCAGCAAAUUUUCAAAGUGUAUUUCUUACAAAAAAUAUAGGCUCUGACUUAUAGAAUAAUGUAAAAUGGUAUAAUGACAAGCAAUAUUAAGCAGUUGUUAUAUGAGUCACAAUAAAGAGGAGGCAUUUUGAUCACCUACAACUCAAUUACUUAAAAGGUAAUUCAGUGGAAAGGAAACAUGAUAAUAAUUAUUAUGUUGAACGUGUAACAUCUUUCGACUGCAAAAGUUUGGAAUUAUUGGGCUGCAUUCUCAGCUGUUGUAAACAGCAGCAGGGUUAUAAUUCUGUUCCAAAUUAAUAUAGGACCAUGGCAUGCCUGAAAACUCAGGGGAACUUCAAUUAAUGUUGUGUGCAGAGACUGUAAUAAGUUGGUAUUUUCUUUUUAUAAAACUCUGACUUGUGUGGCAAAGAAACUCUCAAACAUCCAAAAGGUGUUUGGCCAAAAGACCAAAAGUAACCUCACAACUUGGAAAAAACACCAAAAAAAGAUGCAAUAU